CAAGCUAACUUGACGAUCUAAACCUAGCAGAGGCUUGAGUGGGUUCCACUCGGCCCAGAGUUUUCGAUCAUUUCGGCGGCUUCCGUGUUUGCUGACGCGCGCAAGCGCUUGACCACCAUGAUGCUACGCGGUCUGUCCUCUGGCAUGCGCCAGGCCCGCGCUCAGAGCAGCGCCUCGGCUGCCUCUGCUGCCCGGCCGCUGCCGCUGCUGGCGCGCGGCAACGGCGUCAGCUCGGCCCUUCUGAGCGGCGCUUCGCCGUGCGCCGCCGUCACCGCGGCGGCCAGCCUGCGCCCGCUGCCCGCCGGCCGUGGCCCAGUGCUGAUGCGCGCCGCCGCCACGGAGGCUGCGUCCGGCUCGGAGACCUUCACCUACCAGGCCGAGGUCGACCGCCUGAUGGACAUGAUUGUCAACAGCCUGUACUCGAACCGCGAGGUGUUCCUGCGCGAGCUCAUCUCCAACGCCAGUGAUGCGCUGGACAAGGCGCGCUUCCUGUCCCUGACGGACCCCUCGGUGCUGGCGGGCCGCGAGGAGCUGGACAUCCGCAUCAGCGCCGACAAGGAGAAGGGCACCCUGGUCAUCGAGGACUCGGGCAUCGGCAUGUCUCGCGAGCAGCUGCUGUCCAACCUGGGCACCAUCGCGCGCUCCGGCACCCGCAAGUUCAUGGAGGCCAUGGCGGCCAAGGGCGACACCAACCUGAUUGGCCAGUUCGGCGUGGGCUUCUACUCGGCCUUCCUGGUGGCGGACCGCGUCAUGGUGCAGAGCAAGAGCCCCGAGGAGGCCAAGCACUGGGUGUGGGAGGCCAAGGCCGGCAGCCACCAGUACUCGAUCCGCGAGGACGAGGCCAAGGACCUGGUGCGCGGCACUCGCAUCACGCUGUACCUGAAGGAGGACGCCGCCGAGAUGGCCGACACUGUCAAGAUUACGCAGCUGAUCAAGCAGUACUCGCAGUUCAUCGCCUUCCCCAUCAAGGUCUACGCGCCCAAGAAGGAGCCGCGCAAGGUGGUGGACGAGGAGGCCACCAAGAAGAAGCAGGCGGCGGCGGACGCCAAGGCCAAGGAGGCGGGUGAGGAGGCGGCCAAGCCGGUGGAGCCGGUCAUGAAGACCGAGUACGACGAGGUGUGGGACUGGCGCCUGGAGAACGAGAACAAGCCCAUCUGGACGCGCAGCCCCAAGGACGUGUCGGAGACCGCCUACAACGACUUCUUCAAGACCACCUUUGGCGAGUUCCUGGACCCCCUGGCGCACGUGCACUUCAACGUGGAGGGCACCAUCGAGUUCUCCUCCAUCCUCUACAUCCCCGGCAUGGCGCCCUUCGAGCAGCAGAACAUGCAGCAGCGCUCCAAGUCCAUCAAGCUGUACGUCAAGCGCGUCUUCAUCUCUGAUGAGUUUGAUGAGGACCUCAUGCCGCGCUACCUGGCCUUCGUCAAGGGUGUGGUGGACAGCUCCGACCUGCCGCUCAACGUCAGCCGCGAGAUCCUGCAGGAGAGCCGCAUCGUGCGCGUAAUCCGCAAGCAGCUCGUGCGCAGGUCCAUUGAGAUGCUGGAGGAGCUGGCUGGCAAGGAGGGCGGCGAGGACUACAAGACCUUCUGGGAGGCGUUCGGCCGCAACAUCAAGUACGGCGUGAUCGAGGACACCGAGAACCGCGAGCGCCUGUCCAAGCUGCUGCGCUUCUCCAGCAGCAAGGCCGAGGACAGCCUCACCUCGCUGGACGAGUACGUGGGCCGCAUGGGCGCCAACCAGAAGACCAUCUACUACAUGGCCGCCGACAGCGUGGCGGCGGCGCGCGCGGCGCCCUUCAUGGAGGCCAUGGUGGCCAAGGGCAUCGAGGUGCUGUACCUGACCGAGCCCAUUGACGAGGCCUGCGUGACCAACCUGGGCAAGUACGGCCCCGACAAGAACGGCCCGCAGUACGAGCUGGUGGACGUGAGCAAGGAGGGCGUGAGCCUGGACGAGGGCGAGGAUGAGAAGAAGAAGGCGGAGGAGGUGGCCAAGGACAUGGCGCCGGUGGUGGACUUCCUCAAGAAGGCCCUGGGCGAGCGCGUGGAGAAGGUGACUGUGUCCAACCGCCUACUAGACAGCCCCUGCGCGCUGGUGACCAGCAAGUUCGGCUGGUCCGCCAACAUGGAGCGCAUCAUGCGCAGCCAGGCGCUGGGCGACGCGCGCGCCAUGGAGUACAUGAAGGGCCGCAAGAUUAUGGAGAUCAACCCCAACCACGACAUUAUUGCCGGCAUCAAGACCCUGCUCAAGGAGAAGGACGAGGACCGCGCCCGCGACCUGUCGGAGCUGCUGUACGAGACGGCGCUCAUCACCUCGGGCUUCCAGGUGGACAGCCCCAAGGACUACGCCUCCAAGGUGUUCACGCUCAUGAAGAUCGCGCUGGGCUACGACAUCCUGUCGGAGGCCGAGGAGCAGGCGGCGGCGGCGGCGCCCCAGGCGGCUGAGGCGGCGGCGGCGCCCAAGGCCGCUGAGGCGGCGGCGGUGCCCAAGGUGGAGGCGACGCCGGUGGAUGCGGAGGUGGUGUCGGAUGACCCCUGGAAGAAGUCCGCGUAAGGCGAGGGCAAGCGUUUGGAUUCGGAGGUGGACGGAGCAGGGGGCACUAGGUAGACUGACAGACUCGAUGUGGAGUGGAGCGGGUGGAUUGGCCAAGGCGCCGCAAGUACACCAAGUAUGGACUUGUCGACGAGGGACUUUGUGACCGAGCGGGUUGUGCGUGCCGAGGGAGGUGUGUCAUAGCGUUUGACUGUGCGAAGUUUUGACCCAUGUGCACUGAAUCGGACUCACAAGACCUACACAGAUACAAGAUAGCAGAGGACUGUGCUGUAGCAGCGCACAAGGAGACAGAGCGGCGGCGGAUCCUUUCAUUGGGGGUGUUCGGCGGACGGACAAAUGCACUUUUGCAGCAAGAGAUACGGUGCGGAUUCAGCGCUGUAGCAGCCCUGUAAGCAUGGAUCGAC